CCCCGCUACGAGGCGAACGAACUCCUCGCCCUCGCCACGCUCCCGCAGCUGAGCGUGCUAGAGAUCAUCCAGCAGGACGCGUGGGAGAGCGGGAUAAGUGAUCGUGUAAUCAGAGGGUGGAGCGAAUCUGGGACGGGUGAUGUGAAGCCCUUUCCCCGUCUGCGCGUCUUGAAGAUCACCUCGAGGACACACGAGGUCACGCAGGCCGCGCUGCAGUACGUCCUGGCGUUCCCGAAGCUGGAGAUCUUUGACGUUACCCGCACUUCCGGUCUCGGCGUGGCGCGGGGCGCGGGACAUCGCGGGUGCGCAUGGCUGGAAGGUUUCGGAACUCUGCAGAGGAUCGCUGUUUCUGUCGUAUGCCGAGGCGCACCUUGAUGGGCAGGCGGCUGUCAAGAUGGACAGGGCUGGCCGUGAGUGCAUGAAAUGGCUGUUUGAGCACGACGAAGAGGAGGUGAUCUUGGUUCACGACCCGCGACAGGAGACAGGGUCGAAGCAGCGCGAAGAGCUCAUCCAAUCGCAAGGACGGGGCCAGGACGCGACAGACGACGACCGGCCGGGUUACAGCAAGCAUCUCAACGACGGCUGGAGGGCGUGGCUGCAGGGCACUCACCCUUUGUUUGCGGCGCCCGACACGCCGGAGAGCAACGGCGACGGGUAUGAAGCCUUGCCCGACGACUACCCUGGAGCCAUCUACUCCUGGAGGUAUGGAGCCAUGGACGAUGACGAAAUCUUCUGGUUCCUGGCACUCCUCGACCAGCAGGAAGGCUACGACCGCGGGACCCAUGCCAUCCAACCUCAAGUGGCGGGCGUUACCAUCGCCAAAGACCGAUUCGUGAGCCUCCGCUUGCGUUGCCCAUCUGAGAAUCCGCGCGAUCUGGGCUCUGAUCGACUUGUGUUCUCGCGCAUUUACAAAUCUGUCCGCGAUCCUGCUUGGACUCCUCCUGCACUACCGGUUCGCCCGCCGCGUCGUCCAGAGGACAGGAAGGAGACAGAUCUCAGGCCGCGCAAGCGGCAGAAGGUCGCAGACUUGCUCGGGUCUUUCAUGUGACGACCUGAUCGCCUCGGGGCAACACUCGCGCAUGAGGCUUAAACCCAUCUCUGUGUGCCAUUGCCGAUCGUGGAUGGAUUCGUCUGCCGGGAAGCAACAGGGUUGAAGGGAACGCGAAGUGUUGGGUCCUUGGU